AUGGAGGAAAAAAUCAUAGAACACAAAAGUGUUACAACAAAGCUUGUAAAGUCUAGUUUCAUGUCUUCUCUGCCAAAAAGUGUUACAAUCUCAUUUACUGAUAACUAUGCCACUGACUCUUCAACUGAAGAUGAAGAACAACAUGUGAUAACAACAAGGAAAAUAGUGAACGAGGUAAGAUUUCAACAAUGUUCCACUCUUUCUAACAAGAACAACAAAAAAAGACAAGAAGAGACAAAAAACAAGAAUGCUGUUGUUGUUUGUUUGGAACAAAACAAUGAGAACCCUAGACAAAUAAAUGAUGUUGUUCAUCAAAAGUUUCGCGGCGUUCGACGACGACGAUGGGGGAGAUUUGCUGCUGAGAUUCGUGAUCCAAGGCUUGGUAGGAGAAGGUGGUUAGGGACAUAUGAUACCGCUGAAGAAGCUGCUUUGGUUUAUGAUAGAGCUGCAAUUGAUUGUAGAGGUGCUGAUGCUGUUACAAAUAUCAUCAAACCACCACAGAAGAAAAGAUCAGUGAAAGAUGAAUUUGUUUGUGACAGAAAUGGAUAUUUUGGUGAUAAUGUGUCUGUUGAGGAUUGUAAUGGUAGUUCAUCUUAUUCUCAAGAAUCUGUGAGUGAAAUUUGGAGUGAAAGGAUGAAUGAUCAAGAAUGGAUAAAAGAGAUAACUGGAGAGGAAUAUUUGGAUGAUGGUUUUACAUUUGUUGAUGAAUCAUAUGGUUCUUGUUCUUAUUAUGAACCUGUUCUUCCUACAAUGGUUUCUAAUGAGAGUGAUUGCAUUGUUGAUACUAUUCCUUUUCAUCUUGAGGAGGAUUUUGAAUCAUGUGAAUGGGAGGUUAAUAAUUACUUCAAUGAAUCUUUGGAGUUUUGA